UCAGUAUAAUCCUUGUAGGUAUUGCAAGCAGUUUCAUAUGACUCCGCAGAGAAAAGGCUACUACAAGCACCUCUCUGAAGAAGUGUUUCGACUACAGAUUAAAAAACCACAAAUGUCAACUUCCCCACCAACCUCUUGCGAUUGGAUGCUCCUGGUUGAACAGAAGAAUAUAAAUGUCCGGGUUACAACCAUGGACGCUGAGCUGGAGUUUGCCAUCCUGCCCAGCACAACUGGCAAACAGCUUUUCGACCAGAUAGUGAAGACCAUCGGGCUGAGGGAAACCUGGUUCUUUGGCCUCCAGUAUCAGGAUAGCAAAGGCUUCUCCACCUGGCUCAAGCUGAACAAGAGGGUGACAGCUCAAGAUGUGAAGAGGGACAACCCUUUGCUGAUUAAGUUCAGGGCCAAGUUUUACCCUGAGGAUGUCGCGGAUGAACUGAUCCAGGAGGCAACACAGCGCCUCUUCUUUCUGCAGAUCAAAGAAUCCAUCCUAAAUGAUGACAUAUACUGUCCACCUGAGACUGCGGUGCUCUUGGCCUCGUAUGCGGUUCAGGUCAAACAAGGAGACUACAGGAAAGACUAUCACGUACCGGGAUACCUCACAAGAGAGAAGCUGCUGCCACAGAGGGUUUUAGAGCAGCACAAGCUGAAUAAAAACCAGUGGGAGGAAAGAAUCCAGGUGUGGCAUCAAGAGCACAAGGGAAUGCUGAGAGAGGACGCCAUGGUGGAGUACCUCAAGAUAGCCCAGGAUCUGGAGAUGUACGGGGUCAACUACUUUAAUAUCAAGAACAAGAAAGGAUCAGAGCUGUGGUUGGGAGUGGACGCGCUGGGGCUGAACAUCUAUGACAAAAAGGACAAGAUGACCCCAAAGAUUGGCUUCCCCUGGAGUGAGAUCAGAAAUAUUUCCUUCAAUGACAAGAAGUUUGUCAUCAAACCAAUCGACAAGAAAGCUCCGGACUUUGUUUUCUACGUGCCCCGUCUUCGCAUUAACAAACGUAUCCUGGCAUUGUGUAUGGGGAAUCAUGACCUGUACAUGCGUAGACGUAAACCUGACACCAUCGAGGUGCAGCAGAUGAAGGCCCAGGCCAGGGAGGAGAAAAACAAGAGGCAGAUGGAGAGGGCUCUGCUCGAGAGUGAGAAAAAAAAGCGAGAAAAUGCUGAGAAGGAAACAGAGAAGAUUGCUCGUGAGACCAUGGAGCUGAUGGAGCGAUUGAGACAGAUUGAAGAGCAGACAAAGAGAGCUCAAGAUGAGCUGGAGGAGCAGACUCGCAGGGCUCUUGAGUUAGAGAAGGAGAGGACAAUUGCUCAAGAGGAGGCUGAGCGACUGGACAAGGACCGCAGAGCUGCAGUGGAGGCUAAAGCAGCCCUGCUGUAUCAUUCUGAAAGCCAGAUGAAGAGCCAGGAAAGCCUGGCCACUGAGCUGGCAGAGCUUACCUCUAAGAUCUCCCAGCUGGAGGACGCCAAAAAGAAGAAGGAUGAGGAGGCGAAUAGAUGGCAGAAAAGGGCGAUGGUGGUAGAAGCUGAUUUGGAGCGAACCAAAGAGGAGCUGAAGUCUAAACUUAUGGGUGUCCACAUCCAAAAUUCAGUCCACCCUCAUAUGCACGAGCACGAUGAGACAGAUGAAAGCAGUGCAGAGGCGAGCGCUGAGCUCACUUCUCCCGGCAUGGUCCGUGAUCGCAGCGAGGAGGAGAGGGUAACAGAGGCCCAGAAGAACCAGAGGCUGCAGAAAAACCUCAAGUUCCUGAGCACUGAGCUGGCUGGAGCUGUAGACGAGAACAAAAAGACCCUAAAUGACCUGAUCCAUGCUGAGAAUGUGAAGGCGGGCCGUGACAAAUACAAGACCUUACGUCAGAUUCGUCAGGGCAACACCAAACAACGCAUUGACGAAUUUGAGUCCAUGUGAGAGGGGCUGCUAUAGGCCCACUCACACCGAAGCAAGAUAUGGAUAGAUGAUGAAAUCGGCCAUGUUGAGAGAUUUUUAGAAGUGUAGAUGCAGAUUAUUACAUAGGUAUAAUUAACCUCACAGGUUGAAUAUGUUGGCAAAUGAUGCUGUUAUCACCUUUAAUGUCCAUGAUUUUAAUGCCAUUUCAUCUGGAAACAAGUCAUCAGUAAAAACUGUUGAAAAUACAUUUGCAAUCCACGUCAGUGCUGCAAACACAAGCAUAAUCCAUGCUGUCAUUCAUGAACAGGUUUGCUGUUGUCCUUGUCAAUCUAAUUACAUACAGCUUCAAUUUCAAUAUGCCAACUAAUGAAAACUUUACUGAAAUUGAUUAAUGGCACUUACAUCUAAAUGUUAAAUUCUCUAUUCUUUAUCACAGAAAUAAAAAUACACAGAAACGUCAUCAGUGCGUUGUUUGUGCAUCCAUAUGUAUGAGAACACAUCACCUUCACUGUCUAAUGAGGCAAACUGUCCAAAGCUAUCAUUAAAAAUAAUUAUUACCCAUUAUCAAGCUCAAACAGAUGUUUGUCUAUCCAGUAUAAUUAAAACAGAAAAUAACAAGUUACAUAGACACUGAUGUACUCCAUACUAGCUGCACCCCCAGCAUUUUUUCAUACGGGUGGCAGGAAGGGGCUACUGACACCAAAAUAAAAGCUGACACUGACUAUCAGGAAUUCAAUUAUGCUGUUAAAGUACAUAAGACAGUUGAAAACGAUGUGAAUAUGGAGAGUUAAAGGUCCUGUGCGUAGGAUUUAGGGAAAUCUAUUUGCAGGAACGAUAUAAAAUGUUUAUAAUUGUGUUUUCAUUACUUUACAAUCCCCAGAAAAUAAGAGCUGUUGUGUUUUGUCACCUUAGAAUAAGCCGUUAUAUCUAAAUACAAAAGGGGUCCUUCUCCAUAGAGUCUGAUAUGAUGUUCUACAGUAGCCCAGAAUGGACAAAUCAAAUACACUCCAGACAGGGCAAUUCACAUUUUUGGCGUUGGCCACCAUAAUUCUCCUAUAUGCUUGGCACACAGGAGAAGUGGCUGGAUGCCAUUAAAUCCAACACACUGGAUCUUUACGGUAUCUCAUACUGAUAUACUUAGGUUUCUUAUUUAGCCAAUUAUUACCAACUAUGUGAUGUGCACAGGCUAAUAGCAGUUACUUAACAUUUUGAGUUCCACAGCAAUCUUGUUUUAAUG